AUGGCUUAUUACUCUUCCCAACCGCCCCCUCUCCCUAAGAUCGAGGCGUCGCAGUCGGUCUCCAUACCCAAAAAUGCUCAACGGGCACGGCGAGAGAUAACAACCCUGCAAGCUGUAGAGGAGCCUGAGAAGCAAAAUUUUCCCACUCUGUGCUCUAGUGAGGACACUUUACUUAGGCUUGGCCACCUUCUUCAAUCCUUCCAUUGUGGCAGAGUCCCGAUUGAUCUGCUUACUCGAGCCUGCGGGCCAAAGAUGACUUGGUCAUCAGCAGGCGAGGUUGUUGAGAAACAUCCUGGGGAGAGAGAAGUUCCCGAAUGGCUUGUGGACUUCUACCAAGCCAACAAACCCUGGCUUCGGGAUCUGGGACAGGAGCCGCCCAACAGAAUCUUCAAGAUUAUAUCGGACAACAAUAUUCGCUAUUUACAGGCGAGAGGCGACGGGUCCCCGAUCUCUGGACACGAGCAACAUUCACCACUCGUUAAUGAACGCAAGUUGGCACAUGUCCGUAUCGCCAUGGCCUUGCAUGCGUUCCCAUCCAUCAACUCUGAGAUAAUCGGCGAGGAAAUGGUCGAUAGGCUAAUGGACACGGCAAAGACCUCCGUCCUACCAUUGCUCUCAUCUCUCACGGAGGCUGACAUACAAGAUUGGUUACUGCCAGAACGUCUAGACGAAACCAAUGCCAUGAUUCUAUACACUUUAUCAAUGCUACUGCCGGACGACACCAUAUUAGCUGGCACUGGAGCAGUAACCGAGCGUCUCAGCAACGCCUUACCCAACUGGCGUGCAUUGUCACCAACAGAUCGAUCCACAAUGGAGUUUUUAACAGAGGCGAGCCUUUCUGGUAAUUCGCAGCUCAACGUCAACCGCAGGUUCAUUUUCAAAACGGUAGACGCACAGGCAUUGUACGGCUUCCAGCUUUCGCAACAUAAGCAAUAUGACAAAGCUAUCAUGUUCUUGAGAGCAACAAUAGCGGACGUCACGUCUAAGUAUGGAGAGACAUCCAUGCAAGUUGGACUGGUUACGGCAGAGCUGGCGAACUGUUAUAACAUUCUCCGUAAGGAAGAAAAGGCCGAAGAAUGUAUCCUAACAACAAUCCAGACACGAAAGGACUGGCGUCUGUCAACUCGGCGCGACGGGAUCUAUCUCCGGCUAGCCCUAGCCGACUCCUUUAUCGGGCAAGCUCUAUACAGUGAGGCUGUGCCGAUGCUAGAGAGUAUUAUCCAAACCCACGAUAUCUCAGCAACAUUCCGCAUGAUGAGUGUACUUCGUCUGGCAAAAUCACGAAGAAGAAUGCAUGAGAGUGCAGAAAAGGCCUUCGAACAUGAUAGCCCUUUGUGGACAGGCUCGACACUACUCAGCCAUGUUUCACAGGUCCUCGAAAUGGAAUACGUCGAAGAGUUGGCUUGUAGCAUCUCCGAAAUGCAUAACUUGCCGCAGAAUAUAUCUGAGGUGGCAUGCGAGCUCUUAGAAGCUGUUGACUCAGCGUUAUGCAAGACGGCCUCACUCAACGACAGCCCGUCGUGGGGCUGGUAUUCAAAAGUCAAGAAAGAAUAUUUGGGACGGAUUGAAAAAGACACAGAGCUGAAGAAAGACAAGGGAAAAGGAAAGGGAGCAGAUGAGGAUACAGAAGAAAGCGGCAAGAAUCGCGAAUGCAGUCCUGUUUCGUCCCUGUUUUAUUCUCUCAGAGAAGAAGCUGAUAUGUACAGGGAAAGGCCUUGGUCAGAGAAAUUGGCCUUAUCUUUCGAUCUGGGAGGAGUUCGUACUCUGUCGAGUCUCUUAAUUUUAAAGCGCAUUAUGCAUCGAAUCAGGGAGCUUGAAAAUGAUCACCCCGACGGCCCCGUUUACUCAAGCAGCUCAUAUCCGUGGAUGGGAGACCAAAGCGGCAUACCAUCGGAGCCCGGGAGGCCAGAUCAGAUCGAUGAAUUUCUGCCUUGCCACUACUUCGAUUACAUUGCUGGGAUUUGGAGUGCUAUGAUGCUGGGAAGGUUUCGCAUGUCUGUGGAUGACGCCAUUAACAGUUUCAUUAGUAUUAUCAGUCACGUCUUUAGUCAAUCUAGGCUAUUCCAUCAAAUGCCUCUAUUCCCUUUCAUAGAGCGGGCAAAGUACUCUAUCGAAGAAGCACGGGAGGUUCAUGAACGGCUUGGUAUGCAGUACCAGCGAAGGUGGGAGCGCGAAGACACAAAAGAUGCUUUUGAUGGAAAAGAUCAAUUGUUUUGGCAGCCUCGGUAUGGUACUAAAGUUAUGGUCAUGUCUUUCUCUGUUAGGAAUGGUGUUUACGAAGAGAUCAUUUUCACCAGCUAUGAUGACCCUUACAAUUACCACUUUACGGCUGGGUUGAGACCCAUACACUCCUUUACGGCUUGGGAAAUUAUGUCUGCUACCUCUGCCGGUUUACCCUACUUCGAUGCUACAAGGAUUGACAAUGUCACAUUCGGAUUCACCAAAUGGCUGCCACAUAACCCUACACAAAACGCACUGAAAAGGAUUUCCUCUUUAGAUGGGAAAUGGCCCGCUGUUCUUGUAAGUCUUGGGGCAGGAGGCAGCGAACGGAUUCCUUCACUCCUCUUAAAACCAGAUCGGAGACUGAAGGGUGAUAAGCAACCCAAAGACGUGUUCCCUACGUUUGGGGGUGUCAUGGGAAUACAACACUCAUACAGACUCAAUGUCCAAGGCAUUUUGGGACAGAUUCCCUUUGAUGAUUGGCAGCCGAGGGAAAGCGGAGAGACCACAAUCCAGGUUAUAAAAGACAUCACUGAAAGAUAUCUUGACACAGCCGAAGUGGAGGUCGAUAUUGACCUCAUUGCCGAGGAAGCUGUUCGGAUUCGGCGUGCACGCGCACAGACGGAACGAUGGGAAGCCUUUGCAAUAAAUGUGGAAUACACUUGUUCACUGUGUCCAAGGCCAACAUCCUUGGUCACCACGGAUCGUGCAGAUCUAAGAGGCCAUCUAGAAGCGUGCCACAAAGGAUGGAGCAUGUCUAAUCAAGAGGUUGAAAGUCUCCUCGAUGAGAACCGCACAUACAGAGGCCGCGGGUAA